GACAUGCUGAGACCGAACUAUGGGGUGGGGCAAAACUAAGGGGGCGUUUCUUUCACUUCAAGUGCGAAAUACAACCCGAUGGGGAAAGAAAUAAACAAAUAUGCCGUAACGAAAAGGUCUCCGUACGCGUCACUCCGGUUGUGUACAGUUGUAACCCUCUUGCGUCUUGCGUUGACGCUAAGAUAUAACGAAUCGGGCGUGGAGAAGUUGUGAAAGUGGGAGCGUCGGACCGCAAUCAGUGUUUUUGAGCAAGACGUCAACAGGAGAAGCCGAGACCGGCGUUCAUAGCUUCUGACACGACCAUUGGACUGACAGGUCCCUUCUGUACCUUACCCUACCACACCCUCUUCCCUCCUGUCAUAACCCCAGACUAACCUGCCCUUCAUCCUCCCCACUCCAUCCUUAGCCCCCUGCCUCCAGCCAUCACGCCCCCCCCCCCUCGGCACCAUGCGCCGGUUCAGCUCUGAGGGCUCCCUCCUGGACCUGGACUUCCUGCCAUGGAAGAGGGUGGAGCUGAAGGACCAGGGCUACGUGGGGGACGGGGAGUGUGGCACCUAUACGCCGCACAGCGAGAGGGAGGAGCCUGAUGGGCGACUGACAGCCCCCUCGGCCAAUGAGGACAAGGAGGCGGGCCCGAAGAAGGCGGGGAAGGGCCAGCUGAGCAAAGAGUUCAGCGUGAGCGUGGAGAACGUGUCAGGGCUGGGCAAACAGGAGCGCAGCGGGAUGUACCUGUCAGUAGCGGCCAUCAGCGACGGCUUUCGGGCCUACAGCGACAGCCAGCUGGCCCCAGGCGGGGGCAGCAGCGAAAGCGUGGGCACGGAGGAAGUGGCGUCGCCCUCUCCCUCCUCCAAUGUCCCACCCUUCUCCUCUGGCUCCACCUCCUCCAGGUCUGCCCACAGACAGCACACCAGGGCCAAGCUGGCAUCCGCAAAGCUCCACCUGAAGAGUCUGUUUGGACAGAGCCCUCAUUCGUCAAACUCCAACCUCCACAGCCCCGAACCGAAAGACAUAGAGAGCAGCUCCAGAGAGAAGAAGUCCCGCCUUCCGUUUCUGAGACAGUGGAGCCAGAUCGGCCAUAGCAACGCCAGGCUCAGCCGGGAGGAGCUACAGAAGUGGGCGGAGUCACUGAACACACUUCUGGCCAGUCGCGUGGGUGUGUCCGUGUUUGGAGCGUUCCUGCGCUCUGAGUUCAGCGAGGAGAAUCUGCAGUUCUAUCUGGCCUGUGAGCAGUACAGACAGUCCUCCAACAACUUCACCCUGCAGAGGAGAGCCCGUGACAUCUACGCCACCUACAUCCAGCCUGGAGCCCCAAGAGAGGUGAACUUGGACAGUAAGACCCGAGACCUGACCACCCAGCUGCUGCAGGCCCCCUCUCACACCUCCCUGUCCCACGCCCAGCGCCGAAUCUACGCCCUCCUGGACACGGACUGCUACCCCCGCUUCCUGCAGUCCAGCCUCUACCUCUCGCUGUUCAAAGAGGCCGACUAGUGGGGAGCCGAGC